UCGAGCAGCUAUCGGCGAACAAGCUUUUGUUGCUCCGCUUCUUGGACCGAGCUGGGCUGGUUGGUCUUCUUUGGGAAGCGAAUGUGGAAGCGUGUCAGUCGCGGAUUGAAAUCGUGGGAGUUUGAGUCGAUUCACAUCAGUGUUUGCAUCCGGACGUUCAGAUUUCGGAUUUUCCACUGCUCGCUUAUCUCUAGAGCACUAGAGCUGCUGCCGCCGCUACUACUACCGCUGCUGCCGUUGCGUUCGUAGCUAUUCUUGCACGCCCGUCCCGCAGCAUUAUUCGCACCUCGGACAGCCGUGAAGGCGACACUGUGGGGAACGAUCUCCCAAUUUUCUUUGAGCCAAGAAUGCUAAGCAUCGCGGGAAGAUAAAUUCUUCUUUUUGAAACGUUUCUAAAAGUUCUGUUAGGUGAAUUAUUGUGGAAUUCGUCAACCUUGUCCGCCCUUUGAUUCGACCAAUCAAAAUUUCAGAAUCCCGAGUUCGCAGGGUUCUUGUCGUUCUGUGUGUUUGCCAAAAGCCAAUAAAAAUAUAUUAAAAAGUUUCGAAAGAAGGAAAAUUAAUUGCGAAAAUUUCGACAGGAAAAUAUCGUUUUUGUGGUGAAUAGAUUGAUUGUGAAGAAUCGAAAAUAGAAAAGUGGAAAAAUUUUUCAUGAAGUGAAAUCAAAAGAGAAAAUUCUCGUUGGUAUCGAAGGAAAAAGUUUCCAGGCAACCUGUUGGCGUGGUUCAUUGCUAACCAUACGCAUCGCGACGCAUCGAAAACCAGCCCCAGAGAAACCACGAACAUUCAAAGUGAUUUUGGAGGAAAAAUUCGGUGGAGUUUUGGUGUCUUGAGGAAAAUCGAUAUUUCUUAUACGGCGAGCUAAAUUUUUAAAUUUCCAAACAACCUUCCCAAAUUUCAACGGAAAACUAAUUAGAUGCGGCAAAACCAGGAAUAAAUGAUACUUUUCUCAAUAGAAAGGAAAUUUAACAAUAUUUGAAAAUUUAUUCGGUAUUUGUGUCAUCCAAUGUUUACUCAAAUUGAUUUCGACUUAAAAAAAUCUGAGCAUGAAAUGUUGAUGUUUAAUUAUCAGUCGGGCUAAUGAAGUGAUAUUAUUUCCGAAAUCAGCGACCAAGUGUUCCAACCGUAGAAUUAGUACUUUAGUGGUCUAACUAUUUAUCAAAAUUUGUUCUGAAUAUUGUGAAGUGUGGGGAAAUAGUUUAGAGUUAAAAUCAUCAACGAUAAAAAUUUAAAUUGGGAGAAAUUGACGCCGAUUAAAUGUUCUCAAAGGUCGAGCAUUAUUCAGACAUGGGACACAUUGAUCAAGAUUGCGGCCUAAAACAAAUAUAUAUGGGAGAAGUGAUGGAACUUGAUCAUGUCUCACAGGUUAUUGGAUAUCAUCCACGCUAUCAAGAGGAAUUUCUGAAAACACAAAAUUUUAUAAUGCGAGGCGAUGGACCGCUUCCUUAUGAUUAUCGAUAUUAUUUGGCGAUUAUUGCCGCUGCUAGACACCAAUGCACCUAUCUCGUAAAAAUGUACGAAAAGGAGUUCUUGGCAAUUGGCGGAGAUCCAAAAUGGCUUGGCGGUUUGGAUUACAUCCCGGCAAAACUUCGUGCCAUCUACGAUGUCAAUAAGAUACUAGCGCACAGACCAUGGCUUCUCAAAAAGGAACACAUAGAGCAAUUGACCAAGGGUAAAUACAGCUGGUCAUUGGCCGAGGUCGUGCAUGCUAUCGUCCUUUUGGCACAUUUUCAUUCACUCUCGUCGUUCGUAUUCUCAUGCGGACAGACACAGACACUCGAUACAUCAUCUAGUCCAAAGACGAAAAGUCCAACAGAAAAGACUGUCCUGGGAAAUUUAGGUAUCACAAUUAAUAAUAACAACACAUAUGCAAGCAGUAAUAGUAGCGUAAUAUCCAAUAAUAAUGCAAACAAUUCAAAUUCAAGUCAAGGCCUGAAGGCUGUCCUUAAUGCUGGCGGUAAUGGACUUCAGGCUGAUCCUGUUCAGAAGCAACCGGUUAGUGUUGACGCAUUGGUCGCACGAAUGAAGGUGCUUUCUGAGAAACAUGAUGAAUGCAGUGAAGCCGAGCUGAGUAAUCGUUUUAAGAAUGUUGAAAUGCAGGCUGCUGAACUCCCUGCCGCUACUCCAGAAGAACCAGUUGAAGUACCUCCGGUAAUAAGCCACUAUAUUGACGACCCUGGAUUUAUAUAUCAUGAUUUUGCAAGACGUGGAGCCGAGAAUAUUCCCAGCACCUUUAGGAUUCAGGACUAUUCAUGGGAUGACCAUGGUUAUUCGUUAGUAAAUGGCCUGUAUAACGAUGUCGGUUUCCUUCUGGAUGAUAAAUUUCGCGUAACCUACAACCUAACGUAUUUCACAAUGGCGGGUCGUAAAAAUGUGGACACAUCGAAAUUCCGUAGAGCAAUUUGGAACUACAUUCAAUGCAUCUACGGUAUCCGACACGAUGACUACGACUACGGUGAGGUGAAUCAACUCCUGGAAAAAUCGUUGAAAAUGUUCAUCAAGACGGCCUGCUGCUUCCCGGAACGAAUAACUAAGAAAGACUACGAUAGUAUACUCUGCGAACUGCAGGAUAGCGAAAAGGUCCACGUAAACAUAGUGAUCCUCGAGGCGCGAUACCAAGCCGAACUUCUCUACGCACUACGUGAAAUAAUGCGUUACAUGACAUGAUCUCAU